UCUGGUUCACCGGCUCCGUCUCACACACCCCCAAAUCCCUCACCUCCUCUCAAAUCUGGUCAUCAUUUUCUAGGGUUAGGGUUUCCGAUUUCUCUGGGCAAAAAAUGGCAAAGAGGUUCUACAACGAGAUCAAGGGGCUGAAGGUGACGGAGGUGCCUAACCACGUGAAGCCGAUGCUGUCCCUCGAUUACGUGAAGAAGACAUUGCAGAAGGGCUUGGACAACUACAACGCCAAGUACAUCCAGACCAGCUCCAUCGAUCCUCUUCUCCAUGUCUGCUUCGGCGGCAUGAUCUUCUCUUACCUCGUCGCUCUUCCCGAGGAGCGUCGCCACCUCGAGCACGCCCAGCACGCCAAGGAACACGGCGGCCAUUAAUCCGUUCAAACUGGUUAAUGAGGCGGUUUGGGUGCAGUUCAUCGUAUCAUUGUGAUACAAUAAAUUCACUUGGACAUUGGUUAUCAUGCCAAUGACUUCUGUAAUUUGACUAUUAAAUGGGCGGUUACCAGGAAUAAGCAACCUUUUGUCAUUUAAUUUGUUUUGUUUCUGAUUUUGUUGUUCCAUUCAACUAUUGUGCUGCCUCCUAAAUUAGUGUGGUGGACUUUAAUCCUAUGCACUGUUUUCCUAUUUUUGAAGGGUUUAUGCAAAAUGUAUUUCACUGGA